AUGUUUGAGACCCUGCAGCCGGCUGCAUAUACUGUUUCUUUCGUUUUCUGGGCGCUGUCAACUUUGACUACCUGCUUCCGCAUCUUUUCGCGAGAAUGGAUUAUACAGGCUUUUGGAAGGAUGACUGGUGGAUGGGUUGUCGUGAAAUUGGCGAUAAAAUCUCGAUUGAAUCUGACUCUGCCUCGCCACGUGCAGCUUCUCUUUGCCGAAGAAAUCGUAUACAUCUGGAUGCAAUUCGCCAUCAAAACGGGACUCUUGCUCUUCUAUCUCCGGCUCACAAACAUGACAUCCUUCGUUUCUGGGGUAUACGCGACAAUGGGACUAAAUAUCCUAAUCACCCUCACCCUUUGGUUACUUUAUUGUCUCCAAGGCAUGCCCUUGGCCGCCUUCUGGAACGCAGCGGCAUACCCAGAUGCGAAGUUGCAUCCUAAUGGACUUCAUUGUCCUCACCCUCUCCAUCCGGCCCCUCUGGAAGAUCUAAGCAACUGUAAUGGCCGACUGGGUAUCAUCGCCACCAUCACCGUCGGUGGCAUCGCGGUAGUGGUCUCUUGCCUGCGUGUCAUCAUUCUUCACCGAUUCGCAGUCGACCCCGACUUCACUUUUAUCCUCGGCGGAAUGGUCAUCAUCUCGACCGUCGAGUUGAACGUUGCUAUCAUGGCCUCGAACGUCCCGUCUCUCAAGGAAGUCUGGCUUAGGCAUGUCAGCGGCUCCUUGAAAGGAACAGAGCAUACAAGCUCCGCUCACGUGUCUUCGCUUGGGAUUGGAAAGCGCGCACAGGAGAGAGGAACGAGCUGGAGGUAG